UCCCGUUUAAACUGCGCUCUUUUUUUCGCUACCUUCCACUGUUUUAUGUUAUGAUGUAUAAAUGCGCAGCUGCCAUGUACAGUUCGCCGUCCCUAACACCCGAACUACAUUUCCCAUCGACCACCGGGCGCUUGUAAGCAAUGAAACUGCUUCAGAUUGGCUCCGGACGAACCGGCUCUGCUAUUGGCUGUUGCUGGCACAGCGGCUUGUUUGGUUUUCAGUUGUACAGUGUGACAGAGGCGGCUGUGGACCCGCGGAGUGUGCAGGGAGCUGCGGUUCUGAUCCAGUCCGAUCCAUUUCAUUUGUGCAUAUUGCAAACAUGGCACUGUCACCAUCCAGAGACCACCGAGAAAGCAGGUACAAAGCCCCCCACACUCCAGACUCCUCUGUAUCCUACAGCUUUACCCCUCAGCGAGUUGACUCCACCCCUCUGCCGCCAAUUAAUGAGCGCCUGGCAUACCUGCGACCGUCCCGCGAGCUGCUGGAGUAUUACCGCAGGAAGAUUGCAGAAUUUGAUGAGGAGCAUGAAGAUCUAGUGAAGAGGCUGGAACAGUACAAAGCUACUUAUGAAGAACAGCACAAGCUUCAGUGGGAGAUGCGCCAACGCGAAGAGGAGAUUGCAGAGCUUCAAAGGGCGCUGAGCGAUAUGCAGGUUUACCUCUUCCAGGAACGUGAGCAUGUGUUGCGGCUGUACUCCGAAAAUGACAGGCUAAAGAUCAGAGAACUGGAGGACAGGAAAAAAAUCCAGCAACUUCUUGCCUUGGUUGGUACCGGCAGUGGAGAAAUCACUUAUUUUCACAAGGAGCCACCAAACAAGGUCACUGUACCCCAGCGUUCCAUUCAGACAGGAGAUCCACAUGAAAGGAUAGAACACCGUCCAUGCCGGUCAGGAACAGCUGGAAAACGACUUCAACUCAAACCAUCUGGGAAGAGUGACAGAACCCUCGCACAAGGAAAGCCUGAUGACCAAACGCUUUUGCUCCAGGUGGAGGCAUUGCAAGCCCAACUGGAGGAACAAACCCGUCUCUCCAAAGAACAAGUAGAGGCACUUUUGGAUGAUAGAAAGAUACGCAUGGAGGAGGCUCAGGUGCAGCAUCAACGAGACCAAGCCAAAAUCAAAGAGAUGACUGACAAGCUAAACAAGACUCAGAAACUCCUCUAUGAGAGCACAAGAGAUUUCCUGCAGCUGAAGUUUGAGGGUCGAGCCAAUGAGAAGUCUUGGAUGGCUGAGAAGGAUCGGUUGCUACAGGAGCUUGACCGGUGUCGAGAGCAACUGGCAAAGUGUCGUGACCCAGAGCAGGAGAGAGAGCAAGAGAUUGCGAUACUGAGACUGUCACAAGCUGAGAGAGUGGCGCGCACGUCACGCAGUGAGGAAGUGAAGAAUUUAACAGAACAACUUGCACAAGCUCACCGUCUGUCUGACAUGUACCGCGAACAGUGUGUGGCCCUGGAGGACGAGCUUGGAAAGAUUCGGGAGGAAGGAGAUGUGGGGCGAGAAAUCUUUAAGGAACGUUCAGAUAAAGUGGCCAAACGGCUGCAGCUCAUGACUCAGAGAUACGAGGCUCUGGAAAAAAGGCGUAACAUGGAGGUAGAAGGCUUCAAGACAGACAUCAAGCUGCUCAGACAGAAGCUGCGGGACGUAGAGAAGCAGCUCUUUAAGGUCACUCUGAACAUCGGACCAGACCAGGAUCUCGCUAUCCUCGGUGCGGUACGGCAGGGAAACAAGCGAACCCACAAAAUCCAAGGAGAAUUGCGGAACUUGAAAGCCAAGAUCUAUGGACUAGAAAAUGAGCUGAGGAUUGGAUAAGCUGAACUUCUCUCAAGGACUCUUCAUCUUCUUCUUUUUUUUUCCUUUUCUUUUAAUGAACCAGGAGUGUUUUUUAUCACAGGACAAAGGUCAGAGCGCAAGGAAUUACAAGUGUGAAUUACAGUUGACCUGCAGAAGGCAAAUUGACUGCUGUGAAUGUGUGAUACUUUAUUUAUAAGAUAUAAUUUGGUAAAGCAAUAGUAUGUAAAGUGCGUGGCGCUAUUGAUUCAUUGCAAACUGAUUAAAGAGUGUUUUAUUGUGGGCACUAACAUGGCUGAUGUUAAUGUCUGGAAGUGCAGAUAGGAACACAUGUAGGUUUAUUACCCCAUGCAAGGAGUAUGUGCCUCUAUAGAAUGUACCUAGAGGAGACCUGAUACUUCAGCCAUAUGGUUAGAAAUGUCGGAAGGUAAGAGUCUUCCUUAGCAGACUAACCUGCUAUCACAUAGCCAAAGGUAAGCUACAUGCCAUCCAUUAGGCACACCGUAGUCUGCUACGUAGGAGGAUGUAGUGAUGCACUUCCCUGAGCCGGACGUACUUUUGUCAUAAAGUUGUUUACUUUCAUUGACAUCAACUGAUCUUCAAACAAUGGUAAGAAAGGGUCUGUUUUUGUAAUAUUUUAAUAUAUAUGUUGCGAACCAUAUCAGACAGAAAUGUGAUUUGCUUUGCUUUGUAGUUGGUGUUUUUUUUUUUUAUUGUGGCAGUUGUGUCUGUGGUUACCGUUUCUCUUUUAUGGCUGUGUGGCUACAGCUAAUGACGCGAAACGAGGUUUGCUUCACCUACUAUGCCUGCUGGAACAUGCACCAGAAUACUUGUA